AUGAAGAAAAUGUUCAGCGACUGCUUCUUUGCCAGAGCUGAGUCGGAUUUCUUGGAAACUCGUCUUUUUUAUAGCUUAAAGAGCCCUUGCAGAUUGUUUUGCCUGGUUAUGCUCGGCUGAAUGCCCUCUGAGUCAAGCGACUGAAGGACGGGAGACCACUUUUCCUCCGGAUAUGUGUCACAAAGAUGUCUACACGGAACUGCCAGGGGACGGAUUCAGUGAUCAAGCACCUGGACACCAUCCCUGAGGACAAGAAAGUCAGAGUCCAGAGGACACAGAGCAGCUUCGACCCGUUCGAGAAGCCUGCCAACCAAGUCAAAAGGGUGCAUUCGGAGAAUAAUGCCUGCAUUAACUUCAAGUCUUCCUUGGCCGGCAAAGAGUCACCCAAAGUGCGGCGGCACUCCAGCCCCAGCUCGCCAACAAGUCCCAAGUUUGGAAAAGCUGAUUCCUAUGAAAAACUGGAGAAACUAGGAGAAGGCUCUUAUGCAACAGUCUACAAAGGGAAAAGCAAGGUAAACGGGAAGCUGGUGGCUCUAAAGGUGAUCAGGCUGCAGGAGGAAGAGGGGACGCCGUUCACGGCCAUCAGGGAAGCGUCUCUGUUGAAAGGCUUGAAGCACGCAAACAUCGUGCUGCUUCAUGACAUCAUCCACACCAAGGAAACGCUGACGCUUGUCUUUGAAUACGUGCACACUGAUUUAUGUCAGUACAUGGACAAGCACCCUGGAGGACUCCACCCAGAGAAUGUGAAGUUGUUUUUAUUUCAGUUGCUGCGAGGGCUGUCGUACAUCCACCAGCGGUAUAUUCUGCACAGAGACCUGAAACCACAGAACCUUCUGAUCAGUGACACGGGGGAGCUGAAGCUGGCAGAUUUCGGUCUUGCAAGAGCCAAAUCCGUCCCUAGCCACACGUAUUCCAAUGAAGUGGUUACCUUGUGGUACAGACCUCCAGAUGUUCUCCUGGGCUCUACAGAAUAUUCCACCUGCCUUGACAUGUGGGGAGUUGGCUGCAUCUUUGUUGAGAUGAUUCAGGGAGUCGCCGCAUUUCCAGGAAUGAAAGACAUUCAGGAUCAACUUGAACGAAUAUUUCUGGUUCUUGGAACACCAAAUGAGGACACGUGGCCGGGAGUUCAUUCUUUACCGCAUUUUAAGCCAGAACGCUUUACCGUGUACAGUUCUAAAAGCCUCAGACAAGCGUGGAAUAAGCUCAGCUAUGUAAAUCAUGCCGAAGAUUUGGCUUCCAAGCUUCUACAGUGUUCCCCAAAGAACAGGCUAUCUGCACAGGCUGCCUUGAGCCACGAAUAUUUCAGCGAUCUGCCCCCGCGGCUAUGGGAGCUGACUGAUAUGUCUUCUAUUUUUACGGUCCCGAAUGUGAGAUUGCAGCCGGAAGCUGGAGACAGUAUGAGGGCCUUUGGGAAAAACAAUAGUUAUGGCAAAGGUCUAUCGAGCAGCAAGCACUGACAAGCCCGGCAUUCUCAGGAGAGCACAGGAUUAAGUUGUCAUCAUUCUGGGAAGAAAAGGAAGAAGAAAAAAUACAAAAAGAAAAGACCGCUAAUGAAGUGGCCCACAGUGCUGGGCUCCUGGACCAGUUCCCUUCUGCCCCCUGUGGUGGAUUUCACUUACAAGAAAAUUGAAACUGGCAAGACCCUGUUUUCUCUGCAAUUUAUUUAAAACCUUGCACGCAUUUGGAUACCUUGUGAUUUCCAAGAACUAUGUGAAGAUUAAGCUUUGCUUACUGAUACAUGGCAUGUAUUCUUUUCAGUCUCUUGUGUUUGAUUCUGUUUGAUUUCCCUCUGCUGCACAGUAUCUCUGGGAAGGGGUUUUAUGCUUUCACCAGCCAUGUCUUAAAUACAUUAAGACAACACAUUUGGUGUUCACACUUCCUCUGUAAUGUCUGCACUUGAAAGCCACACAGUGGCAUGAAACAAUGUGUGUUUUCUUUGAGAACAGAAUACAUUCUGCAACCACCAGGAAGGAUAUUCUUAUUGCUAAAACAAACCCCAGGUUCUGACUGACUAGACACCAUGGUCCCAGACAGCUGGACCUGACGACCUGUUGCUUACCUUCGAGGACAUUUGGAAAUGUGGGGUUUCCUUUUUUUAUUGGAAUUGUCCCCACAUUUAUAGGCGCCUAGAACUGCUUCGCAUCUUCAAUGGCACGGCUGUUUCUGAGCAGGCCGUGCCUAGAGAAGCACCAAGAACCAAGACGAAGAUGAAGGCCUCCUCCUCCUCCUUCUUUUUUUUUUUUAAUCUGUAGAAAGCAAGUCAAUUUUUACAUGUGUUCUGGGUCUUGUCAACAUCUGAUUUUUUUCCCCCAUCAGCUCUGUUAUGCUCUGUGUUUUUUAACUGGAGAAAAUAGUGAGGAAUAUCUUUCUUAAAACUUGGGUGCAAAAAAAAAAAAAUCUAUCUGUCAGGGUGAGUCCUAGGAGCCGUCUUUGCCAAUUAAUGCUUAAAAAGCAAGUUUAAAAAUUAUCUAGAGUUAAAAUUUUGCUCACUCACAACAAAGCACCUUUGAAUCGGAUUGUUCAGACACAUUCCAAGCCGCUCAGAAGGCACCGCUGGGUACCAGACUUUAAACCACUCUACCGUAAUAAGUGUUCAAACUCAGUUCUUAAACAAUGCGGGAAUUUUGCUUUAAAAAUAGAAAUGGCAAAGAAAGGCCUGGAUUCCCUUGUUUUAAGGCACUCUGAGGCCUUGGAAGAUGAAGGCAAGUCUGUGUCAUGGGGAGAGAGGACUCUUCCAUACACUGCACCUUGGUCUAUGGGGAGCUGCCCAGUGUAGGCAUCUUCCACGGGCAGCCUCUCUACAGAAUCCCAGUAAGGAGGGGCUGGGGGCAGUUAGGAAGCGUCACAUAAAGCAUGCCCUUUGCACCUCUGGACACAAAUCUCCAUGGAAACACACGUGUGCACAUUGUUCUAUGUUCUACUGCUCCUGAGAAAAGGGAAGAAACUACAAGCUUGAGAUGUGUCACACAUUAGGAUCAAGAUGGGGAAUUAUUAUCCAAUUUGACAAGGGCUUUCUGAUUCCCGAAUGAGUAUCAAAGCCAGUAGUCAAACCCAGCAUGUCCCUGGAAGUAGAGCCCGGUUCUUAAAACUCUCAAAGGCAUUGUCUCUGAGUGAUAGGUAUAACCAACCGUCCAGCCUAUCCAGAAGGAGAAGUACUUACAAUCUCGAAAACACAAAGCAAGGAAUUGCUUCCCGAAUGGUUUGAAAGAAGAAAGAGUGUCUCUCAAGGUGACCCCGUGUACUGUUUGCUGCCUGGGAAUCAUUUUCAUACCUCUCUCAUACAUUCCUUCCGUGGGAAGUCUUUGCAGGUAUUUUGACUUAAAGUAUAAUUAAAUUGGGAGUUCUUUAAGUGAGGAGAAAACUUUCCAUGUAAUUAAAAACUGCCUCCCCUGUGCAUUGCUUAGAAUCCUCCAUUCAUCUGGGUGGCAGGGAGGAGGCAUCUUGUUUAUAUUUCACCACUCCAUGCUAAUGUUGGAGGGUUUCGAGUAAGCAAUGUAAAGGCAACUCGAGAUCCGUGCCCUUGUCUAGACAGCGUCUCCUGGGAAGGAAGGCAUAGCACUGCUCGGUGUGGGGUCUGCCCCACGUCAGGCCCACCUCUCAGGUUAGAAGGGCUUCAGCUUCAUGUCCUUGUCAGCAAGGAAGGACAUCCAAAGUGUCCCCCCAACCCAGCCUGGCACAGUCCUAUCCCACAUACCCUGCUUUUCUCUCCCACCCUCUCUGAGGGUGUCAUGAUAAUCCGUACAGACGGCGCCCAUUAGCAUGUGAGUACACUGCUGGGAAAGCACCACAAUACUCGGAAGAUUAUUUUUCUAUGAAGGACUUGCUUGAGUUUGGACAGCUGAUAUUAGCACGAACGCCUCGACGUGGUGAUUGUAUCAGCUCAACCUCACUGCACACAGUAUUUGGAAAGGAAGUAUGGGACUCGGUUUCCAUCUUCUUAAGGGGAACAGCUUAAUUAAUUAAGAUACACAAGACACAUAGGAUGCAAAAAUGUGUUUGCUGUGCUAGACAAAGAAGUAGAGGGUUCUGAAGCAGGGGCAGUUGUCUCCUACCGUGCAAGGACCAGAAUCUGUUUCUAGCUCUUAAGUGACUAGAAAACCAGGACCUCUUGGCGCCCUGUCCCCUGUGUAUACGACAGCCACUGUAAUCAGUACCCUAUGUAUGCGUCCAUAGCAGACACCCAUCUGUGAAUAGUACUGGUUUGUAAUCUUCUGUUCUAUAAGAGGAUGUUUAGGUUGUACAUACUGGGGUAGAUCGCUGCCUGCCCCUAUACAUAGAAACAUGCUGCAUAUAUGUGCAUAGCUUCCUUCUCCAUCCCCGGCUUGUACACAGGGGAAACUGUAUGUUAGUCUUCCGUUUCCUCAUAUACCAAAAGGAAAAAUUUUAACUCUCAAACGAAAUAGCAAUUUCCUCUUCACGCUGCCCCCUCUCACAGCAGCAUAUGUUAGAGGCACAUAUUAAAUCACACUCUUUGUGAGUGGACUUUCAGGUUUUUCUCAUUUCCUAUUAUUUCUCCCCCCCCUUUGUUUGUAUGAGGCACUGAGUUAUGUGCUUUCUAAUGGGGUUAGUACCUCAGAUAAUCAUUAUGCUUCAACAUGGCACAUAGCAAGGAGAAUGGAACUCUACAUGUUGCAUAUGUGUUGCCAAUUGUAAUUUGUCUGUACUAUGAAGGAUGUAAUGGUUUGUCCACUGUCAUUGUUGUUUUCUGUAACAUGAUAUGGAAUAAAGUAUAGCCAAAUCUGCA